AUGGACGACAACUCCUUAGGCCGUCAUCAUCGCAACAACCGGCAGGGAGCAUUUCCAUUUGAUCCACAACCUCUCGAAGCAAGCGACGACUUCUCCGCUUCCUGGCCUGCUCCCGCCAGCGGCAUUGCUGGCGUUCCCCUCGCUUCCGCCUCCGCUGCCGUUUCCAUCUCCCACUUCCUCCCCACUCACUUCAACCCGCCGGAUGCUUCCGCCUUCGGCGGAGCCGCAGGUUCCGCCACAAACCGUUCCGCGGCCGCCGUGCGGCCCUUUCUGCGCAAUGAAGCGCAGCUUUCCGCGCCUCCCGCGCCUUCUGCGCGUUCUGCACCUUCCGCGCCGUCGCCCGCAGCUGCGCUUGAGUUCGCGCUGCUUGAAUCGCAGCUGUUGCCCGCAGUGGCGCAGCAAGCGUCGCAGCAAGCGUCGCAGCAAGUGUCGCAGGAUGUGUAUGAGCAGUUCAAUCGCCAGGCACCCUUGCAGCGCUCGGCAGUAACAGGCUUGGAGCUUGUAGGUUCGGCAGUCGCAGGCUUGGAAGCAGACGGAGCAGACGCUUUUGAUUUGGGCGGUGUUGAGGUGGCUCGGCUGGGGGUGGAGGGAGCGGAGGAGAGGGAGGAGGAGAAUGGGGAGAGGCAGGGAAAGGAGACAGGAGGUGGGCUGGAAGGAGAUGGUGAAACUGGUGGGGUGUUUGGUGGAAGAGAGAGCAGGAAGAGACGGCUGGAGACGGUUGAGCUGGAGGAGGAGGACGAGGAGGCGGAAGGGAAUGAGGGAGGGUUGGAGAAUUUGAAGAAGGGAGGGAAAACUAAGGAGGGAGAGGGUGAAGGAGAGGGGGGAAUAGAAGGGGAUGCAGUGAACGAGAGGGAGAAUGCUGUCCUGCAUCGCACAUCCAUCCCCACGACUCCCUCACCCCUCCUCUGCUCCGAAGCUGAAUUCCAACACCUCUUAACCUGCAUCAAGAACGCUUCUAACGAGGAUGCCAUUUCCCUUGUGCUCCUGCUCCUUCUGGAAGAGCAGCGCGCCGCCAACGAAACCUCCUGCUUCGUGCAGCGCCUGCGAGUGGUGCGCUCCGAGUACCUGCUGCGCCACCACUCCCUUGUGCGCUCCAUUGAGCUCAAUCUCCUCCGAGACAUCGCUCACAACGAUGCCGUCCAUCAGCGGGAGAUCCAACGGCUGAGACGCGUCUGCAUGGCUGGUAUGUCAGCCGGUGCCACCCUCUCGCAGCACCAGGUGUUUUACCGGACGCUGUUAACCCGUCCACGGUCCCGCGCGUGGUGGGAGGAGUGUAUUGACCCGAAUAACCCUCCGGAAAUGUUCCGAAAGAAAUUCAGGAUGAGCCGGGAGACGUUUAUGGAGCUCUGUGGAAUGGUGGGGCCGCUGCUUGGGAAAAAGCCGAGAAAAAACCCGAACCUCUUGGACAUCAGGAUCGGAGCGGCGAUUUGGAGGCUCGCCACGGCCGAGCCUCUCCACCUGGUUUCCAGAAGGUUUAAUCUUAGUCGGACGACAGUGCAUUUCGUGGGGAAUGACAUUCUCAAAAUUCUUAACGAUGUUAUUCUGCCCAAGGUGGUCGUUUGGCCUGAGCCGGGCAGCGCCCGGGCAGCUGAAAUCUCCUCCCAGUUUUUGAAGCGGUGCGGGCUGGAAAACAAUUCUUCUGUGGAACAGCAGCUGGGAAACGGGCAGCUGAUAGGAACUCUCUACACAACUCACCUGAACAUCAACACCCCGCGGUCCAACAUGGUAAGGUAUUAUAACAAGCAGCUCACCGAACGUCUCGCUCGGGAAUCCUACUCCCUUUCCACACAAGCGGUUGUCGACGCCAACGGGCAGUUUAUAGACCUUUGCAUCGGGCUGCCCGGCGCGCUUUCUGACGAGGAGGUGUUGCAGCAGUCGACCCUCCACCAGAAAGGACAAGCUGGAGAGCUCAAGGGAGCCAAGGUCAUCGGGUUGCGGUCGUACCCGCUUCUGGAUUGGCUGCUGGUUCCGUACGCCCAAUCAGACAGCGCCACGUGGUACCAGACAACGUUCAACGAGUGCAUAGAGAAGGGGACUGCGGUGGGGAAGGACGCGAUUGGGCGGCUGAAGGGACGGUGGAGGAUCCUGCUUCGGCGGGCUGAGGGGAAGCUGCAUGAGCUGCCGCGGUUGGUGGGGGCGUGCUGUGCGCUGCACAACUUUCUGGAGCAGAAGGGAGAGGCGUUUGACCCUGAGUGGGCGUAUGAGGCGUUUGAUGACUUUGUGCCCGCCAAGCGAGCCGAUGAGGAGUCCCCUGCUGCUGUGGCCGAGAGGGAUGCGCUGGCCCACGGCAUGUUCCAGGCCGUGCACGGGUGGGAGGGCGAUGCUGCCAAUGGGCUGUGA